AUGACAGGUCUUGACCCACAUGAAGAAAUACAAAUAGUGCUGAUUGGAAAGACAGGAAAUGGGAAGAGUGCAUCAGGAAACACCAUCCUAAAUCGAAAAGCUUUUGCAGCAGUUCUCUCUCCACGGUCUGUGACGUCGGAGUGUGAAAAGGCCAAAGGAACGGUGGAUGGACGCAGGGUUGCGAUCAUUGACACACCAGGAAUUUAUGAUACAAAGUACAGAGAAGAAGAGGUGAUCAGAAAGCUGAAAGAAUGUAUGUCUUUCUCUGCCCCUGAUCCCCACGCGUUCCUGAUUGUGGUCAGGUUGAGCAGAUUCACAGAGGAAGAACGAAAAACUGUUGAACUCCUGCAGCAGGUGUUCGGUGACAAAGCUGCAGAUUACUCCCUGGUUCUGUUCACUCAUGGUGACCUCCUGGGACGCAAAAGGAUUGAAGAUUUUUUCAGAAAAAGUCAACCGCUUAGCCUUUUGAUUGCGAAAUGUAAUGGUCGUUAUCAUGUCUUAAAUAACACCGUUCCUGAAAACUGUCUGGUGCCUCAGCUGCUUGCAAAGAUCAUAGGAAUGGUCAGUGAUAAUGGAGGAACAUUUUACACAAAUGAAAGGUUCCAAGAGGCUGAGCGAGCGAUCCGAAAACAACAAAAGAAUAUUAUGAAGGCUAUUGCCGAGCAGAAACACAAAGAAGAAGAAAAACUGAGGUUAAUCUUUAAAGGUAAACAGCUGCAGAAAGAGUUAACAUCUCUUGAUGAAAGUUAUAAAAGAAAAUCAAGAGAGAAGGCUGAGAAGAAAAACAAAUUCCUUGAAACUGGCAUGACUGUAACAACUGCUGAAGCUGGGGUUGCCAUCGGUGCUGCAGCAGCUACUGUUGGAGGUCCAGUGUGCAUGGCCAUAGGAGCCGUGGUGAUUGGAGUCUUGGCACCAGCAGCAGUAAAAGCUUUGAAAAACAAAUGUACUGUACAGUAA